CUAAUCAGCUGAUAGAUCCAAAUGUUUGUUUUUUGAAUUGGAUGCAAAAUGACAGAAAAGAAGCGAUUUGUGUGCGUUAAUUGUGGACACAGAGUAAAAGAACUGUUCAAGAAAUACAGCAACACUAUGAAAACCACGCAAUGCGACAAAUGUCACCAAAUCACGGAUAAAUACAUUGAGUUCGAGGAGUUUAUCAUAUUAAUAGAUGCACUGCUAUUAGAUUCGUGCGCCUUUCGACACAUAAUAUACAAUGGCGACUUUAAGCUCUACUGGAAGGUUUCGCUGGUGGUGCUGCUCCUGGAAUCCUUUGCGCUGUGCCGCCAAAAACUGCCCGACCCUCCGAAUGCCUCUUUGCAUGUCCACGAAAAGGGCUUUUACACAUAUACCCUUCAGAACAUGGGAGAUUACAUGUUCAUGACUCUAUUGCUGCUAAUAAUCACCGCCACUCUGAGUAUUGAUUGGAUGCAGAAAAUAGGCUUUCGAAAUUUUACUUUAAUUAUACUCAAAGUGGUGCUGAUAUCCAACCUGUCCAAGUUCUUCCUUCUGCCCAUUUUGGUGUGGCGAAAUAACACGACCGUUUUUGGCCGGAACUUGCACCAUCUUCUGGUCAUGGCCCAUCACCUCUGCUCCCUGGUCCUCGCCUACGAGGCAGUCGGAGCCACUAGGAAGAGCCUUCGAUGGUGGGCUCUAACUUUGGUUGUUAUAGCUUUCGCUUUCAAGGAAACCGCAAGGCAGUUUGUCUCACUAGUGGUGGAGGAGCAUUUUACUUAGGAGAAAAUCGUUUAGGCAAUUGUUUAUAUUUAAUUUAACAAUAAUUUUACUCCCCAAAGAAAGCACUUUACUCUGAAAUAGGUGACAAUACCUACAAUAAAAAAGCAAGCUAAUUUUUUA